GAGUGAGCCACGCAGACAUGUAGAUCAACACACGUACGCUCACACACACAGAGGAUUGAGGAGUUGACCAGGUGUUUUGUGGGUGAGCUACCAGCCCUCCUCUCACACGCUGUGCAGCGUUGAAUUCUUUAAUCAAGUCAUGCACAAUCUCCCUCUUCCCCACUGCUUCUAUGCAUGACUACUCAGUUUUUACCUUUGCCUCUCACUCCUCUUCACAUCUAUUUAAUUCAUCCUCCAACUGCAAACAAACCAAAACCAGUUUCCUAUUACUUUUCUUAUUCUCUCUCACCAACAUUCUUAUUUAUAUACUGCCCUUGAUUAGUUUAACAACGGAAACUGGUAGAUUUUUCUCCCUCAGUCUUUAAAAGGGAAGAUGGGACGCAUUCCAUGUUGCGAGAAGGACAAUGUCAAGAGAGGACAAUGGACUCCGGAAGAAGACAACAAGCUGUCUUCCUACAUUGCACAAUAUGGCACUCGCAAUUGGCGCCUCAUACCCAAGAAUGCUGGCCUUCAAAGAUGUGGUAAGAGUUGCAGGUUGCGUUGGACUAACUAUCUCCGGCCUGACCUGAAUCACAGCCAAUUUACCGCUGAUGAAGAACACGCCAUUGUGAAACUUCAUUCGGUUGUUGGCAACAGAUGGUCCCUAAUUGCUGCUCAGCUACCUGGACGCACUGACAAUGAUGUAAAAAAUCACUGGAACACCAAGAUCAAGAAAAAACUCUCAGGAAUGGGAAUUGAUCCCGUGACUCAUAAGCCCUUCUCCCACCUCAUGGCGGAAAUAGCCACGACUCUGGCUCCGCCACAGGUGGCGAAUCUGGCAGAGGCAGCCCUUGGAUGCUUCAAAGACGAGAUGUUUCAUCUCCUCACUAAAAAACGCAUAGAUUUCCAGCUCCAACAGCCUGGAGCAGCCGCAUACCUUAACGACAACUCAGCUGCUGAUUUCAACAGCACCAAACAAGAGGCCAAAAAUGACAUUAUCAAUAGAAUCAGACCCUGGGAUCCCGAAGGAGCCACCUCCGCAAGCUUUGGUUUCCCGGCAUCUCUUUCUGGAUUCCAUUGCGGAGCUUCCUCCUUCGGGAAUGAGGCAGAUGGUUCUCCGUGGAGUCAAUGUAGCGGAAGCCCGUGCCCCGGAGGAGACGAGCAGGGUCGCUUGCUAAAGGAUGACAAGAGAGAAAGAUGUCAAGGGAAACAAAUAAGGCAUGGAUCCAAUAUUUAUAAUUCAGAUAGCGUUUUGUGGGAUCUGCCCUCGGAUGAUUUAAUGAAUCCAGUGGUUUGAUUCAUUUCAAUGAGCAUACGUGAAAACAUUAGAGAUUAAAACAACCUCACAAACAGUCAUAAUAAAUUUCUAACAUUUACAGAGAUACAAUUGUAAAUAACAGCUCCAAUUCGAAUAAAUAUAAUAAAUAUUAUGGGUCAUUUGAGGAUCUGGAUUUCGUUUGAAAUUCUGAAUAGGAACAAAUAGUACGAAAAUAUGAAUUUGAAUUAUAUUUGAAAUGAAAAUGAUUACUCAAAUGUGAAAUUCAUUAUUUAAAAUGAAAUGC